AUGGUCAGGGACGAACUAGAAAGGGAAAAAAUGGGAGCCAGAGCGAGCAAGAGAGCAUGGAAAUUCGAAAGAAAACUGGAAGAAGGUAGAGGAGGAAGAAUAGCAAAGAAAUGUUUGGAAGAAAUGAAAGAAAGAUGGAAGAAGGAAAGGAUAAUAGGAAGAUGGGAGCAGGAGAGAAAGGAAUACUGGGAAGGUAUCGGGGUAGAAAAGGGAGGGGAGGAGGGACUGACGGAGGAGGCAAUAGAACACAAGGAGAAAGCAAAACAAAGACAAGAAAGAAUGGGAAAGAUUAUGGAAUCGAAAUACAACAGGUGGUAUAAACGAAUAAGGAAGGAUGGGAUUCCGGAAUAUCUAAAGAAGGGCUGGGAGGAGGCAAGAUGGAACAGAAUUGCAAGGUUCAGAUUGGGCAACGAGAUUAGGGAGGGACUAUACUGGGGAAAAGAGGAAGACAAAAAAUGCAGGAUAUGUGAGAAGAAGGAGGAGACGUGGGAACAUGUCUGGGAAGAGUGCUCGAGAUGGGAAGAUUGGGAGGGAGAGAGUUGGCAAGACGUGGUGGAGAAGAUAAUGAGUGAAAAGGGAGAGGGGGAGGAAUGGAUGAAAACGAUAGAAGAGAUGAGGAGUGGGGGGGGAGGAAGGAAAAAGAGGUUGAGAAAUAGAUGGCUAAGAAAAUUUUUAAUUUCAGAUAAGGUCAAAGAAAAGGGGAGCACAGGACAAAAGGAAGGAAUGGAAUUCAGAGCGAAGGUGACGGUAGAGAGAGAGAUGCUGGAGAAAAUGAUAAGGGAUCAAGCAAAGGAAACACUGAGAGCACUAAAAGAGGAAGUAAAGGACCAGAGAGAGGAGAUAGAGAACCUGAAAAGAAAAAUACGCAGGCUAGAAAUGGGCGCGGGUAAAAGGAAGAGGGACGAAAGCGCAGAUAACAGGGGCAGGCAAGAAGAAAUGAAAUGGUGGUCCGACGACGAUGAGAGGAAUGAAGAUGAGAGAAGGAGGAAAAACAUAAUAAUAAGGGUAGAGAGGAACAGAUGGAUGGGAAAGGGAACGAACUGGGAGAAAGUGAGGCAACUGCUCUCGGAGGAACUGAAGCUAAGAGUAGAAAUGAAGGAAGUGAGCGUAAUAGGGCUGAGAGGAGAAUGGCUCACGAUGCUGGUGAGGCUGGGAAGUGAAGAGGAGAAAUGGAGAGUAUUAGAGGCAAGGAGGAGGGCAGGGAGUAGACUAAAGGUCAAAAUGGAUGAAGACAAAUCUGUGGAAAGAAGAAUUAGAGAGGGAGAAGAGAAGAAGAGGAGAAAGGAGAGGAGGGGAGAAGAUGAUGGAAGAACAAAAGGAUCAGAAGAGGAUGAGAUAGCAAGCGAGCUAGAGAAGAGUCUACUAAUGGAGACGGAAGAGGAAAAGGAAAAAACAAAGACUGAGUAA